AUGUGCGACUUUACCAAAAACUACUACAUCUACACUUCGUGUGUCGAUCCUGGGGCACACUUCUUCCGUACCUCAGUGGACGGCAGCCGGAAACGUUCCUGCCCAAAGAGCCCGCACGAGCGCUUCAUCAUGUUGCCCGGGGAGUGCCCGAUCUGCCACGGUGGCUGA